AUGCCGCUUCUCAGGGCUGUGAACUUAGGUGUGACGCCACUCCCUCUUGAGGACAUGCCUGCCCAUGUCGCCCUCGAGGCGAGUGUCGAUGUGCCAGGAGGACCCUGUUCCAGUCUAGCUUGGAAGAGGUCAACCACCCGAGUGUGCCAGUUGGGAGUAGACCUCUUGGACCUACCCGGGGCCUUUCAGUCGGCCCUUCAUUCGCUGAUAAACCACACUGACUUGGCAGCUGGUGUCCGGACGACCAUCAUGGCCGGAGGAUGCAAUGCGAGUCGCUCGGGGUUCAUCGGCUCUUGUCUCGGAGCAAGAAACGGCUCACAGGGUAUCCCAGAGACCUGGAAAUCCAAGACCUUCUCCUACUCCAAGGUCUUAGAACUUUCACAAAAGUUGGUUGCAAUUAAACUUCCAGAAUAA